AUAAUGACGGUUGUCGAUAGGAAUAAAAAAUAAACUUGUUUACCGCAGCACUAAUUCCUUGGUUGAAAUAAUAAGUAAAAGAGUAAAAUGUUACGAUUAAUGAUAUUUAUAUCGAUUGUUAUAUUGUUACUUUCGGAUAAAGUAACUAUGACAAGCAACACCUUUUUCUGUCGAAACAAUCAACAGUGUACGUUUCUUGAAUACUGUCCAGAUAAGGUGAUUCUCAUGAAAAGGAAUGAACUUUCAAUACACAGUUUGCGUCAAUCGAUAUGCGAUUAUUCAGGGUUAAGACCAAAAGUGUGUUGCGAUAUAAGUUAUUCCCCUAGGUCGAUAUUACCCGAACAAAAUAUAAUAUCACUUCUAGAGUCAAAAUCGAAUAACAAAUGUGGUAAAAGUCUUAUUAAAAAUAACAUUGAUAUUUUUGGAUCUUAUCCUUUCUUAGCUAGAAUAGGUUUCAUAAAUUUGCAAACAGGACACAUGAAAUAUCCAUGCAGUGGUACGAUUAUAAAUGAGAGAGCAGUAAUAACAACGGCAUCCUGUGCACUUGCUAAUUCUCAAAUAUACAAAUUAUACUCCGUAGCUGUUGGAGAAUUUAAUACCGAAACGGAUCCAGACUGUAAUCCCUUAUUUUGUGGUCAUAAGAUUCAACAUUACAAUAUAUCUUAUAUAAUAAAACAUCCAAAUUAUUGUCCAGACACUUUUGCAAAUAAUAUAGCAUUAAUUCGUUUGGAAAAACCUAUACAUUUUGAAGUAACAGCACAACCAGUUUGUCUAUUACCCAAAGAAAUUUAUAUUAGAACAGGUUCAAAUGCCGUAUUAAUCGGCUGGGGUAAAUUAUCGAAUCAAAAAGAUUUGUUGACUAUGCAACAAGAAUUAAAGAUGAUAUUGUUACCUAAAGAAAACUGCAUGGACUUUUCAAAUCAAGGAUAUUGUGUAGAAUUGUGCGCUAGCGGAGAAACAGAACCUUGUUCGGCUUACAAUGGAAGUCCUCUAUUGUAUAAAUAUGGAGAUACAUAUUUUUUGGUAAAUCGAUUAUUUCUUACUUGUCAACAUACAUUUAUAAUAUGUAAAGUUAUGUUUUUAAAUUGUAUCUAUUUUAUGCCUCCAGGUAGGAAUUCUAUCCUAUGGUUCAAACUGCGAUGAGCAAUCAAAUUUACCAUUGGUUUUCGUAGAUGUACAAAAAUAUGCGAGGUGGCUUUUAGAAAAUCUUUAAAUGCUUUAUACAAGAAUACUUACAACUUGAUUUGCCUUAAAAUCUAAUUGAAAUACAUACAUAUAUUACA